AUGACGGGGACUGCCUGCCUCCAGGCCUUGCUCCUGCUGCUGGGAGCCGCUGGGACAGGGACGCUGGAAUCCGCAGCCUGCGGGCAGCCCCAGGUGUCCAGUCGCAUCGUGGGGGGCCGGGACGCCCGGGAUGGACAGUGGCCGUGGCAGGCGAGCAUCCAGCACCGCGGGGCGCACGUGUGCGGGGGCUCGCUCAUCGCCCCCCAGUGGGUGCUGACAGCGGCGCACUGCUUCCUGAGGCCGACACUGCCAUCCGAGUACCGCGUGCGGCUCGGGGCGCUGCACCUGGGCCCCGCGUCUCCCCGCGGGCUCUGGGCGCAGGUGCGCAGGGUGCUGCUGCCCCCGGACCACAGCGAGGAGCGCGCCCGCGGCGACCUGGCUCUGCUGCAGCUGCGCCGGCCUGUGCCCCUCAGCGCCCGCGUGCAGCCCGUCUGCCUGCCCGAAGCCUGCCCACCCCCCGGCACGCUGUGCUGGGUCACCGGCUGGGGCAGCCUCCACCCUGGAGAGCCCCUUCCGGACUGGCGACCUCUGCAGGGAGUCAGGGUGCCCCUGCUGGACUCACGCACCUGUGACCGCCUCUACCACAUGGGCACCAACCUGCCCCGCGGGGAGCACAUAGUGCUGCCAGGGAGUGUGUGUGCCGGCUACGUCCAGGGCCACAGAGACGCCUGUCAGGGUGACUCUGGGGGACCUCUGACCUGUGUGAAGUCUGGGCGCUGGGUGCUGGUGGGUGUGGUGAGCUGGGGCAAGGGCUGUGCCCUGCCCAACCGUCCGGGCGUCUAUACUAACGUGGCCACCUACAGCCCCUGGAUUCGGGCUCACCUUAGCCUCUAG